UCCAGGGCACAGCCAGCUCCAAGAACCUCUGGUCUUCCGGAAGGGGGUCCUGAUGAUUUUCCAGAAGCAGCUGGACUUCUUUGGGUCCUCUUCCACCCAAGGGCUCCCAUUCCUUCUGCCUGGUUUGGUUCCUCAAGCCAUGGAGUGGGCCAGGCUGCUGUCUCUUGAGCCCUCUUCCUCCAGUCAGUCCAUUAGGUGGCGGCAGAGAGCACUGAAAGGAAGUACAAAAGAAAGAAACCUUGUUUUGCUUCAUGUUAGAAAAAGGGAAGAAAAGUCAGAAGACCAGGACCUCCAGGGCCUCAAGGACAAACCUCUAAAGUUUAAAAAAGUGAAGAAAGAUAAGAAAGAAGACAAAGAGGGCAAGCAUGAGCCUCUGCAGCCAUCAGCCCACCAUUCUGCUGAGCCAGCAGAGGCAGGCAAAGCAGAGACAUCAGAAGGGUCAGGUUCUGCCCCAGCCGUGCCAGAAGCUUCUGCCUCCCCCAAACAGCGGCGCUCCAUCAUUCGUGACCGGGGACCCAUGUAUGACGACCCCACCCUGCCUGAAGGUUGGACACGAAAACUUAAGCAAAGGAAGUCUGGCCGCUCCGCUGGGAAGUAUGAUGUAUAUUUGAUCAAUCCCCAGGGAAAAGCCUUUCGCUCUAAAGUGGAGUUGAUUGCGUACUUCGAAAAGGUAGGCGACACAUCCCUGGACCCUAAUGAUUUUGACUUCACGGUAACUGGGAGAGGGAGCCCCUCCCGGCGAGAGCAGAAACCACCUAAGAAGCCCAAAUCUCCCAAAGCUCCAGGAACUGGCAGAGGUCGGGGACGCCCCAAAGGGAGUGGCACCACGAGACCCAAGGUGGCAGCGUCAGAGGGCGUACAGGUGAAAAGGGUCCUGGAGAAAAGUCCUGGGAAGCUGCUCGUCAAGAUGCCUUUUCAAGCUUCACCAGGGGGCAAGGCUGAGGGGGGUGGGGCCACCACGUCUGCCCAGGUCAUGGUGAUCAAACGCCCUGGCAGGAAGCGAAAAGCUGAGGCUGACCCCCAGGCCAUUCCCAAGAAACGGGGCCGAAAGCCAGGGAGUGUGGUGGCAGCUGCUGCUGCCGAGGCCAAGAAGAAAGCCGUGAAGGAGUCUUCCAUCCGGUCCGUGCAGGAGACCGUACUCCCCAUCAAGAAGCGCAAGACCCGGGAGACAGUUAGCAUCGAGGUCAAGGAAGUAGUGAAGCCCCUGCUGGUGUCCACUCUUGGUGAGAAGAGCGGGAAGGGACUGAAGACCUGCAAGAGCCCCGGGCGGAAAAGCAAGGAGAGCAGCCCCAAGGGGCGCAGCAGCAGCAGCGCCUCCUCGCCCCCCAAGAAGGAGCACCACCAUCAUCACCACCACUCAGAGUCCCCAAAGGUCCCUGCGCCACUGCUCCCGCCCCUGCCUCCACCCCCGCCCGAGCCUGAGAGCUCUGAGGACCCCACCAGCCCCCCUGAGCCCCAGGACUUGAGCAGCAGCGUCUGCAAAGAGGAGAAGAUGCCCAGAGGAGGCUCACUGGAGAGCGACGGCUGCCCCAAGGAGCCAGCUAAGACUCAGCCCGCGGUCGCUACUGCCGCCACGGCCGCAGAAAAGUACAAACACCGAGGGGAGGGAGAGCGCAAAGACAUUGUUUCAUCCUCCAUGCCAAGGCCAAACAGAGAGGAGCCUGUGGACAGCCGGACGCCCGUGACCGAGAGAGUUAGCUGACUUUACACAGAGCGGAUUGCAAAGCAAACCAACAAGAAUAAAGGCAGCUGUUGUCUCUUCUCCUUAUGGGUAGGGCUCUGACAAAGCUUCCCGAUUAACUGAAAUAAAAAAUAUUUUUUUUUCUUUCAGUAAA